UUUUAGAGAUAUCUUCCAUCUAGUAAUAUUGUAAAAUACAGACAGAUAAUACGGUUACCAUUCAAGUGAGGUUAUUUGUAUUUACGGUACCGUCGUUGAAUAUUUACGUCAACGAGGAAGAGUCUUUAUCUUUCGACCGACGCGACACACACGAGCCGGUAUGGAUUUCCAGAAUCGCCCGGGCGGCAAAACCGGCGGCGGCGGCGUCGCGUCCUGGUCGGAAAGCAAUCGUGACCGUCGGGAGCGGCUCCGCCAGCUCGCCCUGGAAACCAUCGAUCUGAACAAGGACCCAUAUUUCAUGAAAAAUCACCUGGGUUCGUACGAGUGUAAGUUGUGCCUCACCUUACACAACAACGAGGGUAGCUACCUAGCGCAUACACAGGGUAAGAAACACCAGGCCAAUCUGGCCAGAAGGGCUGCGAAGGAGGCCAAGGAAGCACCGCAGACCCUUGCACCGGAGAAGCCCCGAGUCGAGCCGAAGAAGUUCGUCAAGAUCGGUCGGCCUGGUUACCGAGUCACCAAGCAACGCGAUCCAGAGUCUGGCCAGCAGAGCCUGCUGUUUCAAGUGGAUUAUCCGGAGGUAGCGGACAAUGUAAUACCGCGACACAGGUUUAUGUCCGCCUACGAGCAAAGAGUCGAGCCACCAGAUCGCAAGUGGCAGUAUCUGCUGUUUGCUGCUGAACCAUACGAAACUAUCGCCUUCAAGGUGCCCAGCAGGGAAGUGGAAAAGGCAGAGGGAAAAUUCUGGACCCAUUGGAAUAAAGACACAAAGCAGUUUUUCUUGCAGUUUGCAUUUAAGAACGAGAAGCCGUCGGUGGGCAAGGUACCACCACCGCCAGUUCCCCUGAUAAGGCCAGGACUGGGUCCAAUGGUGCCUGUUCCACCGCCUCCGCCCAGACCGCCAAUGUUCAAUCCGGUGCCACCACCGCCAGCUCUCUUGGCGACUGGAAUGCAAAUACCUCCUCCACCACCACACUUAGCAUAAGAAUUUAGUGGAACAAGGCGCAUCUUUAUAAUUAAGCUUCUUUCGACACUACUGUCUAUACUUUAAUUAUAUUUGUACUGUUGUACAAGGUGGAAUUUACUUAUAGGAGAUGUGAGAAACGAGAAAUGUGCUUUACAAAAAUGUGUUUAUUUAUCAUUUCAUCGAAAUACAUUCUCCACAAAU